AUUUCGUGCCAUUCGUUAUCCUCAGUAUUAUCUCCCUCCAAAACCGACCGCUCGAUCCAGUCCUCUCUCCCAUCUCCGCCGGUUGUUUCACGGAGGCCGGAAAAGCCCUACGCUCGCAGGGGCUUCUCACCUCACUCAUCUCUCGCAGCAAAGUUCCUUCCGUACCAGUGUUUAGUAGCGAUGUCAUACGUAAGUGUUUCACGUGGAGUGAUUUUCAUUACCAAAUUAUGUCUUUACAGAAAAAGAAGACUGAAGGGGUUGAAAGAAGAAUUGGGAGUGAUGUCUGCAACGCUGUUGUCUUAUUGCAAUCCAAGUCUAGCUUGUAAUUACGCGAGGAUGGAUUUGAAACGCAUGGCUCUCGGACAUUUACGGUCUAUUGGAAGGAGAAACAAUGGCCAUCGCAAGCUUACGGUCUUUGCCGUUACUGAAGGGUCUGCAAAAUCAAGCGAGUCUGAAGAAACAAUUCCUUCUUGGGCGAAAUUAGAUUCAGAGGAGCCUCCACCUUGGGCAAAGGAAGAACGCAAGGAAACUGGAACCCAGCAGGGAUUUCAGGUCCCUUUCUAUGUUUACUUGCUUGCCUCAUCUAUCACUGCAAUUGCUGCUAUAGGUUCCGUAUUUGAGUACGUGAACCAGAAGCCUGUCUUUGGAAUUAUAAAUUCAGACAGCAUAUUGUACGCUCCAUUGCUUGGAUUUUUCGCUUUUACUGGCAUUCCCACUGCUGCAUUCCUUUGGUUCAAAUCUGUUGAAGUUGCUAAUAAAGAAGCUGAGGAUCAGGACAGAAGGGAUGGUUACUUGUAGAAUAUUUAUCUCUAACACGAAUUUAUUGUUCUUUGGAAGUAACAAUGCUGUCUCCCCCUUGUUUUCUGUAUAUUCUCUACGAGCAAGCUACUGUAUAAUUGAUGUUAAUUAGACAGCUAUUGCUGUUCAUGAUUUUCAAUUUCUAAAAAAAGAAUGUAUAUCAUAUAUUGUUUUAAUUUGAAUUAUAGACUGGUUUCCUUGA